AUGGCGGUGGGUCGGUUAGCUUACCGGCGGUGGCGCGACUACUACUGCUGCUGGGUCGCCCUGCUGCUGCUAGCCCUGUUCGGUCCUGCACCUGCCCGCGCACUACCGGACGCCAUCCGGAUCGGUGGACUGUUCCAUCCCGACGAUGACCAUCAGGAGAUUGCGUUCCGGUACGCAGUGGAGAAGAUCAACUCCGACCGGACGAUAUUGCCCCGUUCAAAGCUGCUGGCCCAAAUCGAACGGAUCUCACCGCAGGACAGCUUUCUCGCAUCAAAGCGCGUGUGCCAUUUGUUGGGUGUCGGUGUUGCCGCCAUCUUUGGGCCGCAAUCAUCACACACCGCCAGCCAUGUGCAGAGUAUAUGCGACACGAUGGAGAUUCCCCACCUGGAGACACGCUGGGAUUAUCGAUUGAGGCGGGAAAGCUGCUUAGUUAAUCUUUACCCUCAUCCGAGCACACUCUCAAAGGCAUACGUUGAUCUGGUGGCAGCCUGGGGCUGGAAGUCGUUCACCAUCAUCUACGAAACGAACGAAGGCUUGGUGCGCAUGCAGGAACUGCUGAAGGCGCACGGACUCUCCGACUAUCCCAUCACGGUGCGGCAGCUAAGCGACUCCGGCGAUUACCGACCGCUGCUGAAGCAGAUCAAAAACUCGGCCGAAUCGCACAUCGUGCUGGACUGCUCGACCGAACGGAUCUACGAGGUGCUGAAGCAGGCGCAGCAGAUCGGCAUGAUGAGCGACUAUCACAGCUACCUCAUUACGUCGCUGGAUCUGCACACCAUCAAUCUGGACGAGUUCAAGUACGGCGGCACUAACAUCACCGCGUUCCGACUGGUGGAUCCGGAAAAUCCGGAGGUUGCGCAAGCCAUCCACAACUGGACCAUCGGUGAGGCUCGGCUCGGCAAAAAGGUUGACUUCAAAACGGCGGAAAACGUGACCGUGAUCAAGGCGGAAACGGCACUGAUGUAUGAUGCGGUGCAUCUGUUUGCGAAGGCACUGCACGAUCUGGACACCAGCCAACAGAUUGACAUUCAUCCGCUGUCAUGCGACACCCAGGAUACGUGGCCGCACGGAUACAGCCUAAUAAAUUAUAUGAAAAUCGUCGAGAUGCGCGGCCUAACCGAUGUCAUCAAGUUCGACCAUCAGGGCUUUCGGAGUGACUUCGUGCUGGACAUCGUCGAGCUGGGGCCGCAGGGUUUGCGCAAGAGCGGCACCUGGAACUCGACGUCCGGCGUGAACUUUACGCGCACGUAUGGCGAACAGCAGAAGGAGAUCGUGGAGAUACUGCAGAACAAGACGCUGAUCGUGACGACGAUCCUGAGUGCACCGUACUGCAUGCGGAAGGAUUCGGCGGAGAAGCUGACCGGGAAUUCCCAGUUCGAGGGUUACGCGAUCGACCUGAUCCAUGAGAUCUCCAAGAUACUGGGCUUCAACUACACGAUACGGUUGGCGCCGGACGGUCGGUACGGAAGCCACAACAAGGAGACGGGCGAAUGGGACGGCAUGAUCAAGGAGCUGCUGGAGCAACGGGCCGAUUUAGCCAUCGCCGACCUCACCAUCACCUUCGACCGUGAGCAGGUGGUCGACUUCACGAUGCCAUUCAUGAACCUCGGCAUCUCGGUGCUGUACCGGAAACCGGUCAAACAGCCACCGAAUCUGUUUUCCUUCCUAUCACCGCUCUCGCUCGACGUCUGGAUCUACAUGGCGACAGCUUACCUCGGUGUUUCGGUGCUCCUCUUCAUCCUGGCACGCUUCACACCGUACGAGUGGCCGACGCCGAAUCCGUGCGAUCCGCACCCGGAAAAGCUGCAAACCCAAUUCACGCUGAUGAACUGUAUGUGGUUCGCGAUCGGUUCGCUGAUGCAGCAGGGGUGCGAUUUUCUGCCCAAGGCCGUAUCGACGCGUAUGGUCGCCGGGAUGUGGUGGUUCUUUACGCUGAUCAUGAUCUCCUCGUACACCGCCAACCUGGCCGCCUUCCUUACCGUCGAGCGGAUGGACUCGCCGAUCGAAUCGGCCGAGGAUCUCGCCAAGCAGACCAAAAUCAAGUACGGUGCGCUGCGUGGUGGCAGCACGGCUGCCUUCUUCCGGGAUUCCAACUUCUCCACGUAUCAGCGCAUGUGGUCGUUUAUGGAAUCGGCUCGUCCAUCCGUAUUUACCGCGAGCAACAUCGAGGGUGUGGAGCGUGUGGUGAAGGGCAAGGGUAGCUACGCUUUCCUCAUGGAAUCUACCUCGAUCGAGUAUGUGAUCGAGCGGAACUGUGAGCUGACGCAGGUGGGCGGCAUGCUCGACUCGAAGGGCUACGGAAUUGCGAUGCCUCCAAACUCACCCUUCCGCACGGCGAUCAGUGGAGCAGUGCUGAAGCUUCAAGAAGAGGGAAAACUUCACAUCCUGAAAACACGCUGGUGGAAGGAAAAGCGCGGUGGUGGCUCCUGCAGGGACGACACGUCUAAAUCGAGCUCGACGGCCAACGAGUUGGGACUGGCGAACGUGGGUGGCGUCUUCGUCGUGCUGAUGGGCGGUAUGGGUGUCGCGUGCGUUAUUGCCGUGUGCGAGUUCGUCUGGAAAAGCAGAAAGGUGGCGGUCGAGGAACGGGAACCAUACCAGAAAAAGCAUCCAAAAGAGUGUAGAUUCGAAUAGAAUACGGUCAGCUACUGAAACGCUUCUGCUCAACGCGGUACAACGUGAGCCCAUUUCUGAAGCACAAUGUUUUACUUCGCUCAAAGACAGAACAAAAGAAAACACCCCCACAACCCAUGAGUUCUUGUACAAUGCUCAAGUAGAAACACCCCCUCGCUUCCUAGUGGAAAGCACAUAGAAUCGAAAAUCGGGCUUCAGUUCAGAUCAUCCACAUGCCACAUUACACGCUGUGCAGACCAACUCUUUACGUCCCCACAUUGCCACACACACUGCUAGAUAAAUUAAAUUGUCCACCACACCGUAGCGGGUGGUCGUUUCCCCGUUUCUGUCCCGGACCAACUAGCCAACGAACGAAACGGAAACUAGACAUAAUCGCGGAAACGCACCGUUAGAAGCCUAACUCGGUACCGUUAAAUGUGUUGCAUGGGUUGAGUGCAAAUGAGUGCCGAUUGCAAUGGAAAAGCAUGUGUAAAAUAUCAUACCCUUCAUUGACUGUUUCAAAUGCAAAACAAACAUUUAAUACACACAAGCACCCAAACAAGAUGGAAACACCACGAUACGGUUUCCUAGAGAAGAUAAAUAGACCUAGGCACGAAAUCACCGAAGUAAGCAGAUGACUUUGCUCUAUGAAUUUUUCGCUUUGCAUUCAGUCUUUUGUACCAUUUUUUGUUGUUCUGUUUUCCCAUUAUUU